AUAACACAACAUAACAGUACCGGGCGAGCCGGCGCGCGCGCAUCAUUGCAUUCACCGUUAACGAGAUCAUCCGUUAUUGCAAAUCUUAUUCACUUUGCUCUUUACCUUGAUAUUAAAUGGAUUGAAGAUGAAAUAUUUAAUUAUAUUAUUUGUUCUCUGUUGCGUUAUACCGAUCGUUGUUCCAGCAAAAUAUUUACCUAAAUGGAAAAAACAGAAGCCAUUCCGUCAGGCGUGCGAGUUGCCCGCUGUGCAGAGCGAACACAGCCACUACGUAUGCGAUGACAACGGCGAGCCCAAGUGCCUACCCGGCUGGCAGGGGGAUCUCUGCGACGUACCCAUCUGUAAGAAGGGAUGUGAUCCUUUACAAGGUUAUUGCAACCGUCCGGGUGAGUGUCGCUGCAAAAUGGGCUUCUACGGCGAGCGCUGCAACAAGUGCAUCCCUAUGCCGGGUUGCCAGCAUGGUUACUGCAACGUCUCCUUCGAGUGCCAGUGUCGCCCCGGCUGGGACGGGAUAUUCUGUACUGAACCAAUUUGUCGUUCUGACUGUCACGCAACGCGCGGCUACUGCGAGGCACCGGGCGAGUGUCGCUGUCGGCUGGGAUGGUCGGGACCUACCUGUCGCGCCUGCCAGCCGCUGCCUGGCUGCCAGCACGGCUACUGCGACAAGCCUUUAGAGUGCAAGUGCCUGCCCGGAUACACUGGCCUACUGUGUCAGACAGCGAUCUGCGCGCCUGGUUGCCAUGGGGAACGCGGCUACUGCCGACGGCCGGGCGAGUGCCGCUGCAAGGUGGGCUGGACGGGCAAGAACUGCGCGCAAUGCCACCCCUACCCCGGCUGUGUGCACGGCACCUGCAACCGCCCCUGGGAAUGUAUCUGCAAGGAGGGUUGGGGAGGCAUGCUGUGUGAUGAAGAACUAAAUUACUGCGAGAAGAAUCCUGACACAUGCAAGAAUGGUGGAAAAUGUCAAUCAUUGGAGGCAAACGAUGGUAACUUCAGAUGCAACUGUCCGUCAGGAGUCAGUGGCAAGUUCUGUGAGAACUUACCGGCUAACAUGACCACACCGGCAGCAGAGAACAGCACAGAAGGAAGCGAUAUUGAUGAAGUCACUCCAAUAGAAAUAGAAGUAUCAACUAAAGAACCUGAUAAUCUUGAUAAUGAGACUGAAUAAGAAUAUAUAGAAAAUCUUUAAAGAACUCAUAGAAACUAUCAUAAUGUGGGCUUCUACUGUCGAAAAUUUUGUAUAAAAUACUAUUUUCAUUUCUACCAAUCUCUUUGAAGAUGAUAGAGACAAGAAUACGUUUUAAUAUAAGUGUAAAGACAGUAGAAUUUCACGGUUAUGUGAACUAUAGAGUUUGUAAAUUCAU